UGAAAACCACUGACUGAGCCACAGUAAUUUUUCUUAUCCGCACCGAGAACAUCCGUAAUUGUCACGUCGCGUUGUCGUAGCGAAUGUAUUUCUCUUAGGAAACUAAGAGAAGUGUUCAACAGUGGCAUAUGUGGCUAAUUGUUUAGUGAAAACAACAUAACACCAUCGUCCGUGAUGUUUUAAUAUUUCUUUCCUUAGAUCAUCCGCUAUCUAAGUACUUGCAAUCGUAGGUUCCUGCUCGUAUGUUAAUAUCAUUAAAUGACAUCUAGUGCACUCGAAGCAAAAAUCAAUAAAAUUAGGCAACAAAAUGAAGAAAUUAGAAGAAGACAUCAAGAGGUGGAGGAAGAUAAAAAGAACGCAGCGAAACUCAAUGCUUUAGUUCAAAUGGUACCAUCAUCCGAUUGGCCAGAGAGGAAGGAACCACCUGAAUUUUCAAAUCCACCGAAAGCUAAGCAAAAGUCAGCCAAGGAAAAGCAUGAAUACACAAUGCAAGCUCACCCUUCUGAGGGAAAAAAAAUACAUUCAUUUGCUCAUGGAGAAGGUCCACCACCUGACCCUAAAUACAAUUUCCUGGCAGACUCAGAGCGAGAAGAACCUAGUUCAGAAUAUGCAAAGGAGUCUUCUGGAAAUAAGCUCCAUAAUAAAGUAAUGCGGGGAAACUUCAAAAAGAAAACAGGGGGAAGGGAAAAUCAUAUGCAAAAGGAUAAUAAAGUAUAUAAAGGAAAUUAUAGAGAUGAAUCUCAGCCAGGGUAUGACGCUUGGAGAGCAGAAAGAAACCGUAUCGAUGAAGACCGCAUUAGCAGGCAGAGGACUGCCGAAGGAAAUUGGCGGAGGGAGUGGGAUAAUGAUAAAAUGCAUAUUAUAGACGAUGUAGCAAAGAAAACGACGAGGUCUACAUUAGGCGAUUUUGCAAAGAAAGAUCAUAAAGAUUCUGACAGAAGAUAUCAUUCAAAUAAUAAUGAAUAUAUCGCUCACAGUAGAGGUGGAAUCCGUCCUCAUCGUGGUUCUUCAAAGAAUUUCUAUGGUAAUUACGACAAUCGGUCUCACAACGUGUAUGAUCAGCAUAGAAACAAUACAACAAUGCCAGUGAAGCCACCUUUGUCCCCAACAUCUGAAGAGAGGACUGUAAUUGCUACUGAUAACAGUAUCAAAGUCACAGUCAACCAGGGCAAUACACCAUCUAAGGGCCCAGUAAUGAGUGUCAAAGUGAAUUCACCAAGCAUAGCUGGAACAGGAAGAGUCGGUCCACGACAAAGAACUCGAGUGACUUACAGUCAUUCAGAUGCAGAAGUACCCAUCUCCGAAAGUGAGUCUUUCCAUCGUCAAAAAUCAUUUGAGGAUAAGUCGAAAGGAACUUACUUCAAUAAUCCAAAAUCUCCCAAUGUAAAGAGAUCGCACUCCCAAAAAAAGAAAGAGGGUGAAGUGAAAUACCCAUAUCAGAGGAAAGAGAUCUGGAGAGAGGACAGCGAUACAAAUUCUCUAAGGUAUCAAGAAAACGAGUUUAGAACUUAUAUACCAAGAAAUAUACAUAAGUCUCAACCCACUAAAUCUCCGAAGUCUACUAGAAGAGAUAUCAAACUGGUGCAACAAAAUUUAAAUGCAGACACCCCUUCGAAAAAUCAAACGCAAGAAUAUUCGAAUAUUGAUUCGACGAAACAUGAACGUGAAGAUGUUGUAACAGAGAACAAUGAGACGUUAGAAGAAUGUAAAUCUGAAUUACCUGGUCAAGUGGAAUCAGCUAAUGGGGAAUUUAAUGAUAAAUAUGAAGGUAGCAAUAAUGUAUUUGAGAUGGAAAUGGAAGAGGUGUCAAUAAUCUUACCGAAAAGUCCUAAGCGAUUAUCAGGUGUCGAGAAUCUUGAACAAAUUACCAAAGAUGUGAAGGAUAUAAUCAAUCCUGACAAAAACGAGCGCCUUGAAAAUGUAGAUCAUAUCGAAUUAUGCACUGGGAAUGAUACAACCGCUAAUUUGCAAAAAAGUAUGUCUUCCGAAGCACUCGCUACUGAUAUUGUGGAAUCAGAACCAAAUGAACCAGAAGCUAACGUGAAGACAGUACCAUAUGAAUCAGAAAGUAAUAUAGAAUCAGUAUCAGCUGAAUAUUUACCGAACAUAAAACCUGCAUCAAUUGAAUCAGCGUCAAUUGAACCAGCAACGGUUGAGUUAGUGUUAACUGAAUCAGUUCCUAAACAGGAACCAGAUUUAACUGAAUCAAUACCCAAAGUGGAACCAGAUUUAACUGAAUCAACACCCAAAGUGGAACCAGUUCUAGCUAAAUUAGUAGCCAAAGUAGAAUCUAUUCCAACAAAAUCAAUACCUAAUGUGGAACCAAUUCCUGCUGAAUUAGUACCUAAAGUGGAAUCAGUUCCAACAGAAUCAACACCUAAUGUGGAACCAGUUUCUCCUAAAUUGAUAUCUGAAGUAGUACCAGUUUCAACUGAAUCAGUAUCUAAAGUAGAAUCAGUUACAGCUGAAUUAGUACCUAAAAUGGAACAAUUUUGUGCUGAUUCAGCAGCAAAAGUAGAAUCAGAUUCUGUUGAAUUACUUCCUAAAGUGGAACCAGAUUCUGUUGAAUUACUUCCUAAAGUGGAACCAGAUUCUACUGAACUACUUCCUAAAAUGGAACCAGAUUCUACCGAACUACUUCCUAAAGUGGAAUCAGAUUCUAUUAAGUUACUUCCUAAAGUGGAACCAGAUUCUGUCGAAUUACGUUCUAAACUGGAACCAGAUUCUGUUGAAUUACUUUCCAAAGUGGAACCAGUUCUUGCUGAAUUAAUACAUAAAUUGGAACAGGUUCCAACUGAAUCAGUAUCUAAAGUGGAACCAGUUCCAACUGAAUCAGUACCUAAACUAGAACAGAUUCCAGUUGUAUCGGUACCAAAAGUGGAGCCAGUUCCUGUCGAAUCAGUACCAGAAGUGGAAUCAGUUCCUGCUGGAUCAAUACCUAAAGUGGAACCAGUGCUUGCCGAAUCAGUACCUAAAGUGGAAACAAUUCCUACUGAAUCAACACUUAAAAUAGAACCAGUUCUAGCUGAAUCAGUAGCUAACAUGGUGUCAGUUGAAAAUGAAAGCAAUAAUGCGUCCAAUGCUUCCGCCACGGUAGAAGCUUCGUGCAAAAAUGAUCAGCAACCACACGGGCAAAUUAGUGAACAGUUUGUAAAGGAUGACUGUGAUAAUGUCAAAGAUGAAAUUGCUAAACAGUCAAGAACACCAUCGAUGAAAGACGAAUUCGUGUCUUCGUUGGAGGCUGAAGCACAUUCUGUGAUAAACACUGAAAAUCAAUUAGUCUGCAGCGACAAGUCAGUUGAAAAACAAACAUUACUUGUAGACGAGAAAGUAGGUAAAAAGGUAGACGAAAACAAUGAAUGCUCUGAUAAGAAAUUGCACGAAAUGAAUUUGGAAAAUACUCAUAACGUUUCGACGGUUAAGAAUAAGAAGGUCGAGGCGAUACAGGAAGCUAGGGUAGAGCUGUAACAUUUUGCAAUAAGAACUGUAUCAAUUAGGUAUAAUGCAAUCGAACGGAUACUACAUCGAUUUUUGAUAUUAGAAACAUUUUCAAUGCUCGCUUCUAUUAUAAAUGGUCCUUCAACGUAGAAUCAGAAAAAGUUUUUAUAGCAACGAAAAUAAGCGUCGUUACAUGAAUUUCUAAGUAGUAGGAAUCAGACUAUCAUUAUCUUUGGAUUACUGUCGUUAGAGUACUAUUUUUAAGGCUGCGAAACGAAGUUUCUGGACUGCGAAAAUUUAUGGAAUCCGAAUGAAAAUAAUUUCGAAAAACAUGAUAAAAUAUUAACAUCUCAAUCUUCAAACUGGUAUAAACUUUCGCACUCUGGAGGUAACAUUUAUCUUGUUAUUUUCUGAGUCUCUAUGGCAGCUUGAAAUAUACAGGGUGAGCCGCGAGAAGCGCUUGUUUUCUUGGUAACAUACUUCUGAAGAGUUGCUUUCGGAAUCACCGUUAAUCAAGUGAUACUAACGGCGCACAAUCAUUUUGAAGUUGUUUGAUUAAUCCUUUGCGGUAUCAGUUUGUUUUUCUUCGAUCUGAGCAAGAGGAAACAUUUUUAUUAAAAUACAUAAUAAACUUAUGUAGAAAGUAUAUUAACGAAUAAUAUUGUUUUCGUUGUAAAGGAUUUAAUGUUUGUUUUGUUUAUUGGUAAUAAUGCAAAAGACUGCAAAGGAUUAGCGCACUGGAAACAAAGGUCAAGGAUUAUAGUGCUUUUACAUACCUUAAUUAGAGAACAGCAAUGCUAUAACUCGUAUUUCUGAUAUUUAAUAUGAAAUUCUAUGACAAUAGAGUACUGACAUCUGUUCAAGUCGCACUCGAAUGAUAUUUUUAUAAUUGGCAAUAGCUAUUUAGCUAUACAUUAGACAUUGAUAUAUGUGUAUAUCUUUUAAGUACCUUGAAAAACGAAACGAACGGUGUACCUUGGACUGUUGUUUCCGAAAACAAUGAUAUAAUAUUAGAAAUAUUAUGAAGUUUAAGGUGGUACACUAUAUUUAUUUGAUCUUGGUCGAGGAGCAAUGUUAUGUCACUUUAUAGUUUAUAUAUACAUAUAUAUAUUUAUUUAGAUCCUUUUGCUAAAAGAUUAUUUAUUGUUCGUUUCCUUUUUUAAUUAUAUGAUAUUUUUGUUAACUUCUUUCUUUAUGUUUUAUUUUUUAUUUACCGCAGAAGGUAACGUUUGGCUGAUGCGUACGAAAAACUGCACCGCUACAGAAUGACUUAGUUUAUAAAUUAUGAAUCUGCUUCUCUACAUAAUCGAACGUGGAAAUGUGAACAAUUAUUAAUGUGGCAGAAAUUUCAGCUAAAGUAAAUCGAUAUUCAUAUCAACG